UUGCUGAGGUCUAAAAGAGGAGAAGGGAGGCCUGCCGAGGUCUCCGAUGGUUAAAGGAAAGGGGGCUGAGUCCGCGAAGGUCAGGGAGGACUGAAUGACUUGUAAACGGAGGAGGACGGCCGCUGAAUGUUGCUUGCCGGCUUGUACUGCUUUGCAGUCCCCCAUAAAUACUCUGUUUUGACUUGCUUUCAAAGAUUUUGUUGUUGGAUAGACAUCUUGAACCCAUUUUACGUAUUUACAUCAAAAAAGAAAAUUGACAAUGCAAGAAUGCUUUUGCUGGAUGCUAGAAAAAAUAAUACAGACUCCUUACAGGAUGAAAAGAUGAAAAAAGCCUGGAUGCUAAGUGUGGCUUCUGUGAAUCCUGUCAGUGGUGAGAUAAUGCCUGCCAUCUUUAGACCACCAGCUUUCACGCUUUGCACUUUUCCCUUGGUCAUUACUUCUACGUUAAUGAACCGAAACGUACUCCACACAUUUCUGUCACAGACUGCAUUCCAUGCAUACGUUAAUGGAUUUGGCUUAGAAAAUGGGAACUGCAGAAUAAGAACAAAUGAGGCUGGAACAGAAGAUGUCAAGAAGCUUUUCGUCCAGAAUAUUUUCCCUGUCUUUGUGGCAGUCACCUAUUCAAGUCUUAUGGGAACACUUCCUCACUUUUUUAUAAAUCGCUAUAAACCACAGCGUCCUUCUGUGCAAUUUCUCUUCAGGAAUCUUAUUCCAGGUCCACUCACAGCUACCGUCUGUGCACUUAGCCUGUGUGUUGUUAGAAACAGAGAGGCUGAGGAGGGAAUUCAGGUAAUGGAUAGCAAAGGUAACGUCGUUGGAGUUUCUAAGAAGGCCGGAGAAAAGGCUGUGAAUGAGACAGCACUAUCCAGGGCAGCACUCUUUGGUACUGUACUGUUUGUUCCAGACUUGACUUUACACUUUUUAAAACGCAGAAGCAUUUUGCUUCAAAAUCCAUUUUCUUUUACUCUAAUAAGAUGGGCUACAAUCGUUGUAGUCCUUGCAACUAUGAUACCUGUUUCAUUUAGCUGGAUGCCACAACUUAACAAGAUAAAACGAAAUGAACUUGAGCCUGAAAUAGUCUCCUCCACUGAAGAAUCAGAAUUGUUUUACUACAGAGGAAUUUAAUAAUUUGAGUAUUUGUCAACACUGUUCCUGGCAAAAUGAAAUCCAGA